UGAACUCAAUAUAGGGAACGUGUCAUUAGGUUGGAAGCGUGAGUGAGGUGUUAGGGUUUUGGCGAGACUAGUUUGUUCUUCUGAACCUUUCUAGUCUUCUCCUCUUUCCAUCUCCACCUAGGGGUGGCCACAAGAGAACACAUCCCAAGCAAGGCGAAAUGGGAAAGGGUACGGGAAGCUUCGGUAAGAGAAGGAACAAGACCCAUACACUCUGCAAUCGUUGUGGACGCCGCAGCUUUCAUCUCCAGAAGAGCCGUUGCGCUGCCUGUGGAUACCCAUCUGCUCGCAUUCGCAAAUAUAACUGGAGUGUGAAGGCUAUUAGGAGGAAGACUACUGGAACUGGAAGAAUGAGGUAUCUCCGUCAUGUGGCUCGAAGGUUCAAAAGCAACUUUAGAGAAGGAACUGAAGCAGCCCCGAGGAGUAAGGGUCUUCAGAAAUCAUAGAGCCAAUGGCAUAGGAGAAAACAUAAUUUUGCAGUAUGUCAUUGAGCAGUUGAAGCCUCUUCUGUUGAUUAUAAUUUCAAUCGAAAAUGUGCACUUUUGCACAUCAAUAAUUUCAAUUAAAUCCUGGAUUUUGAAUAGUUGGAUACUCUCUUGUCAGUUUUGUUUCCUAGUUCUUCAAAAGGACGAAUCAUACUUCCUAGAUGCUAAUGUGAUUGGUUUCUAUUUGCACCAAAAA